GACAUAAUCUCCAUGCCUUAGCAGAGCGUGACGGCCCAGUUCCAGUGCGAUCCCGUGCUAAAUUCAACACGAAACAACAUAUAACAAUGGUUUUUAGCCCCAAAAUAAGUUUGUAAUAUAAAAGUGAAUUAGAAACAUGGCGGCCGUGAACGCGUGCUUUGUGCCUGAUGACGGGGUGGCUGUGGCGACGAACGGGGGAGCCAGGCACCAACAAACGGUCAGCAGCACCACCAAUGCAGAAAGUGCGCAAGAGAGUGCAGGUUGCUGGUCAGGCUUAAAGCGGCUGAUGGGGGUAGACGAUUCACUGUUCGGGCCCCAUUCGCGGGCCCAGGUUCUGCAGAUGGCCUUAGCAGAGCUCGUCGGAACCGGCAUGCUCAUCUUCCUGGGGUGCAUGGGAACCGUCGUCGGCAUGUCGCACAGCCCACAUCCCCAUCUUCUAGUUGCCCUCGCAUUUGGUCUCGCUGUUAUGAUCUGCAUUCAGAUAAUGGCACACAUCAGCAAAGCUCAUCUGAAUCCGGCUGUAACCUUUUCACUUGUCGUCAUAGGUGACCUAAAUGUGCCAUUGGCUGGUGUCUACAUUGUCUCGCAGGUCAUUGGGGCCACAUUAGGUUAUGGUGUUCUUAUGGCAAUAACUCCGGAUCGAGUGCUCAAAGAACACAGUCCAAAUGGUACUUGUUGUGCCAUGUGUGUCACCUUGGUUAAUCCUGAGAUGACAUCGCUCCAGGGGUUACUAGCUGAGUUUCUGGUCACCUCAAUCCUUGUGCUUGUGGUAUGCUCUGUCUUUGACAGAAGGAAUGCACGCAACACAGAUUCCGUCUCGAUCAAGUUUGGACUAACAGUUGCUGCCAUUGCAAUGAAUGAGGGUGCAUACACUGGAGGAAGUAUGAACCCUGCAAGGUCAUUUGGACCUGCCAUCUGGACUGGAGUUUGGGAAAAUCACUGGGUCUACUGGGUUGGACCACUUGCCGCAGGGCUCCUGACGUCAGCAUUCUAUAGGUUUGUAUUUGGUCUCCCUCCAGUACAUCAGUCACUGCCUCAAGAACUAGAUCAAGGUGUACCACUGACGGGUGUGAGAGAUGGAGGAACAGAAGAGACCAAUAUGAAAUGAAACUAUCAUUUCUAUCAUGAUGAUCAGUACGAAGCAACAGACGUUGUGUUCAUUAGGAAUUACGAUUUUACAGAAGUGAUAUUUCUUCAUUUUCUUAAAUUCGUCCUAUUCAGCAGUCAUAAAAUAUAUUUUAGAUAUAACAAACUUACAUAUUUUUGUCUUCCAUUUUGACUGUUUUCUACUCAACAAUGAAGUAUCCAUCAAACUUGUUUUAUAUAUAAUAUCAUAAAAUACAAUGUAUAUGAGUGAAUAUUUUCUUUGCUGUUUCAAAGCAUUUUGUAUAUAUUACCAAAAUUGCAAGGCAAUGCUUCUUCGAUCACAAGUGUAGAGUUAUGCUCAAGAUCUCUUCUUGUUAUUUAGACCAUUUUUAAGAAUAGGCUCAAAUGCAAGGUUAUCACAGUACAUUAAGAACAAGUUCUACAUACUCUGCUUAUUCAUAGAGGCUUGCAUCUUAGUAAUCACCAGAAUGAUGAUGCCUGUUACGUGUCCCAGUGUGCAUGUUGAUAAGAUAGAUUUCAUUCUAAAUCUGACUCAGAUGUAUGAAUGGUACGAUUAUAAGAGCAGUGUAAAAUAUUGUAUGUAAAGAAGUAUAUAUAAAAUAAAGAACUAAAUUCUUUCUCAUUUGUUAA